GUGAUGGAGGUGAACGGUACCGGUUUGUUUGUUGUUUGUUUACAGGCUUUCAACAUUUGCUCAUCUCACGUUUGGGUAUAUUAAGGAAGAUGGCAGAAGCUGUAGCUAAAGAUUUCUUACCACCACCAGUUAAGAAAAUGCGGACAGAUGACUGUAGUAAUGCUGUUGACAGUACCACUGACAAGAAUUGUGAUCAGGUGGAACUCUUCUCUUCUUUUGAAGAUUUUGAGUUCAUACGCAUCUUGAAUAAUAGUGAGGAACAUAAGUCAGUAGCUGUAGAGGGACGUCUCCAAGGUAGAGAAGGCACUGCUGUUGUCAUGCUUCAGAAACUUCCAUUCAACAGUGAUAAAUUACAAGAAAUAUUCACUGGCAAUACAAGUUUGAAAAAUAUAUUUCAAAAUGAUAUUUAUUACAACAAGACAGCACUGUUGCCAUGUGAGCUUAAUGAAGUGAGAGCAAAUAUUGUGUACCCAGCUGAGGAGAAACACAUUCUUAGAUUUGAAAAACAACCAUCUUCAUUUAUCAUUGAAACACCAGAGUUGUACAAGGAUGUCACCCGGCCUUUCAUAGAAUCAUCCUCUUUCAGUAAACAGUGGAUCUACAACAUCUUGGAACACAAGAAAGAAGCAGAACGUAUCGUUUUUGAAGAUACAGAUCCCGACCUUGGCUUUAUUCUUCUACCAGAUCUGAAAUGGACAGGAGAACAGAUGGAGGAUCUUUACCUCCAGGCCAUUGUUCAUCGGCGGGAUAUCACAUGUCUACGUGAUUUAAGAGGAUGCCACAUCCCUCUUCUCAAAAAUAUACAUGAGAAAGGCACAACAGCAAUCAAGGAGAAGUAUGGUGUGCCGGCUCAUAAGCAGCGGGUUUAUCUGCAUUACCAGCCCUCAUUUUACCAUCUUCAUGUUCAUUUUACAGCCAUCUCAUUUGAAGCUCCAGGAACAUGGGUUGGCAAGGCUCACCUCCUGUCAUCUGUGAUCACUAACUUGGAAAUUUGUGGUGAUUAUUAUGAGAGAGCAGUAUUGCCUUUCAGUGUGAAAGAUAACCAUCCAUUGAGAGCCAAAUUUGAAGAGAAAGGUUAUUUUUCUGUAUAGAAGAUCAGGUCUUCAGGAUUUAUUUUCAUAUUAUAUUUAAUACUGUAGAGGCUAAUUCAUAACAACUGUAAUUACAGGGUACAUGUCUUGCAACAGAUUUGGGAUCCUUCUGUCAGUGCACUUAGCCAUGUACUAUUCAUGUGUAUUGUACAAUGCAUUUUUAAUUUUUCCCAAUAAAAUUAUAACUUUGA